AAGUCGAUAUUACACUUUUAUUUUUUUAAUAUAUUUUAAAAAUCUGUUUCAUAUAUGCCUCGCCCACUUCUAUCGACGAUCAAUAAACCAAGAGGAUAAAACUGUCAGUUCACUGAGGUGCUAAACUUCGAUCCCGAGACGACAAGCACAGAUGAAGAGGAUGAUCGAUCCUCGAAUCCCGAGCACAUCAGGAGAAAUCGAUCUCUCCCAACGCAUGGGUUCAGCAGCAGAAGAGGUGAGGGAGCACCUGCUGGUGACGGUGGAUGGUCCGGCGGCGGAUUCUUCGCAGCCGCCGCCGGCGAAGAUUGAGGUGCGCGAGCUGACGAAGGAGUCGGAGACGACGGGGGAGGCGAUCCUGCGGGGGGUGAGCGUGGUGGUGCCGGCGGGGGUGAUUGUUGGGAUCAUCGGCCCCAGCGGCAGCGGCAAGUCCACGCUCCUCCGGGCGCUGAACCGGCUGUGGGAGCCGCCCGCCGGAUCGGUGAUGCUCGACGGCCGGGACAUCCGCGACCUCGACGUCCUCGCGCUCCGCCGCAGGGUCGGUAUGCUCUUCCAGAUGCCCGCCCUCUUCGACGGAACUGUGGCAGACAACGUGAGAUACGGGCCUAAGUUGAAAGGGAUCGACCUAAAUGACGAAGAGGUGAAGAAGCUUCUCAGCAUGGCAGAUUUGGACCCUUCAUUAGCAUCGAAAUCGUCCUCCGAGCUCUCUGUAGGCCAAGCCCAGCGUGUCGCCCUCGCCCGAACUCUCGCAAAUGACCCUGAGGUGCUCCUUUUGGAUGAGCCAACUAGUGCAUUGGACCCCAUAUCAACCCAAAAUAUCGAGGAAGCUAUUGUACGCCUCAAGAAGACUCGACGGAUGACGACUGUGAUGGUGUCUCACAGUGUCAAGCAAAUCCAACGUAUUGCCGACUUAGUGUGCCUUCUAGUGGCCGGCGAGAUUGUGGAGGUCCUUGAGCCGUCGCGCUUGUCUGAGGCUCAACACCCCAUGGCUCGAUGCUUCUUAGAACUGAGCACCUAGCAAACUUUCAAGUGUUUAUGGCUGCUGCAGGUGUGGUUCAAUAUUGUUGGAAAUUAAGUUUGUGGUGAUGUGUGUUCAGUGUAAAGCCAUUUGGUCGCGCUUGUGCUGAUCAUGUAUAUGUUUUUUUAACUGUCCAGUCAUCCCGGUGUUUCUGCUUAAAUCGAUCGCGAAUGAAAAUCUGUAUGAUUUAA